AUGUUAUCAACUUCAAUUUUAUCAUUAUUAGCUACUUCAACAUUAGCUUUUGCAGCUUCCAAUAAUGUUGCCAUUUAUUGGGGUCAAAAUGGUGCAGGUGGUCAAGAUAGAUUAUCUCAUUAUUGUGAUAAUUCAGAUGCUGAAAUUGUUUUAUUAUCAUUUUUAAAUGAUUUCCCUGAUCCAACGAAUGUAAAUUUUGCAAAUCAAUGUGGUGAUACUUAUCCUUCUGGUUUAUUACAUUGUCAAAGAAUUGGUGAAGAUAUUAAAACUUGUCAAUCUCAAGGUAAAAAAGUUUUAUUAUCAUUAGGUGGUGCAGCAGGAAAAUAUGGUUUUUCAAAUACUAAUGAAGCUACUGAAUUUGCAAAUACUUUAUGGAAUAAAUUUGGUAAUGGAUCAGAAGAUCCAGAAAGACCAUUUGAUGAUGCUAUUGUUGAUGGAUUUGAUUUUGAUAUUGAAUUAGGUGAAUCAACUGGUUAUUCUGAAUUAGCUACAUCAUUAAGAUCUAAAUUUGAUGGUUCAAAACAAUAUUAUUUAUCUGCUUCUCCUCAAUGUGUUUAUCCAGAUGCUAAAGUUGGUGAAUUAUUAUCAAAAGUUCCAUUAGAUUUUGCUUUUAUUCAAUUUUAUAACAAUUAUUGUUCAUUAGAUGGUUCAUUUAAUUAUGAUACUUGGUCAAAAUUUGCUGAUUCAGCUCCAAAUUCAAAUAUUCAAUUAUUUGUUGGUAUUCCUGCAACUGAUAAUAUUAAUGGUUAUGUUAAUUCAGAUGAUUUAGCUAAAAAAAUUGAUGAAAUUAAAUGUGAUAAACAUUUUGCUGGUGUUUCAUUAUGGGAUGCUUCUGGUGCUUUUUCAAAUAUUAAUUCAAAUGGUGAAAAUUAUUUACAACAAGUUAAAAGUGUAUUAAAUGAUGCUACUUGUCCAGCUCCAUCAUCAACUUCUUCAACUACUUCAUCAACCUCAACCACUUCAACUACCUCAUCAUCAUCAUCAUCAUCUACAUCAGCUGUUACUACAACUAGCUCAGAUGUAACAACCACUUCUACUACUUCAUCAGCUCCAACUACUUCAUCAUCAGUUCUCGUUCUUACUUCAUCAUCAAGCGGUUACCAAAACACUACUUCCUCAUCAAUUGAAGGUGGUGUCAGCGGUUCAGUUUCAAUUACCUCAUCAUCAUCAGCUUCCAAUGGUGCUUCUUCCGAAUCAGGUUCAUCAUCAGAAGGUUCAAACGGUUCAAACGGUUCAAAUGGAUCAUCAGAAGGAUCAAAUAAAUCAAAUGGAGGUGCUUUAUCAACAGUCACCGAUAUCAAACACACUGUCGUUACAAUAACAUCUUGUAGUGAAAAUAAAUGUUCAAAAGUACCAGUUGAAACAGGAAUCGUUAUCAUAACAGAAAAUGAAACCGUUUUUACAACUUAUUGUCCAUUGACUGCUUCAUCAGUUGUUGUUCCAGUUCAUCCAAAAUCAAGUGAAUCAGUUGCUGUUGUUAUCCCAUCUGAAACUAAACCAGUUGUCAGUAUUCCAGGUGAAACUGAAUCUGCUUCUAAAACUAAACCAGUUAUUGUUGCUUCUGAAACUAAACCAGUUGUUGUUGCUUCUGAAACAAAAUCUACCGUUGCUGCUGAAUCAUCAGCCCCAUCUGUUGUUGUUAUUGGUGAAGGUUCAACUGGAAAACCAUCAGUUACUAUUGCAACUGAAAUUUCAAAAUCAACUAAUGCUGGAGAAACUGAAACUUAUUAUGUUGAAGUUACUUCAACUAUUUCAUCACCAAUAAUUGUUCAAGGUUCAAGUUCAAUUGCUAGCAAUUAUACUAAUAAUGGUACUAUUCCAGUAUAUGAAGGUAGUGCUUCUCAAUUAAAUAGUGCUAUUUUCACUAUUCCAUUAUUAUUAGUUGUUGGUGCUGUUGCAUUGAUCUAA